CAUUUGCGACAAUACACAGUUUACGGCAGCUGCAAAUCUAAAUACUUUGACGUUUCUAAUUACGUUUAGCAUUUACUUUACUAGAAUUAAACACACUGGCCAAGUGAAAAGUCUCCUCUCUCCCCCUCGGGUUUUUAUUCGGGGACUUUCCGUGACGUUUGGAGGACUUCGUAGCUAAAGCCAAGUUAGCCGAUACAAUCUUUGUUCGGAAAAACAUCUCUGGUGACCGUCCAACGUCGUCCGUGUUUACAGCAGGGUUUCCAAACUGACUCUGCAAGCCGUGUAGCGGUCUCAUCCUCAAAAUGGGAGAACGAAAAGGAACAAACAAGUACUAUCCGCCUGAUUUCGAUCCGGCCAAGCACGGCUCUCUCAAUGGAUACCACAAAACACACGCCCUACGGGAGCGUGCAAGGAAGCUGUCCCAGGGCAUCCUCAUUAUCAGGUUUGAAAUGCCGUACAACAUCUGGUGUGAGGGCUGCAAGAAUCACAUCGGCAUGGGAGUCCGAUACAACGCAGAGAAGAAGAAAGUGGGAAACUACUUCACUACACCUAUCUACAGGUUUCGGAUGAAGUGCCACCUGUGCGUCAAUUACAUCGAGAUGCAGACGGACCCGGCCGCCUGUGACUACGUCAUUGUCAGCGGUGCCAGCAGGAAGGAGGAGCGAUGGGACAUGGCCGACAAUGAGCAGAUACUCACCACCGAGCGCGAAGAGAAGGAGAAGCUGGAGACGGAUGCCAUGUUCAAGCUGGACCACGGUGGAAAGGACAAGGAGAAGCUGAACAAGGCUUUGCCCUCACUAAUAGAGCUGCAGGACCACCAGGCCGCCUGGAAGGAUGACUUCCAGCUCAACAGCGCCCUGCGCAGCAAGUUCAGGACGGAGAAGAAGGUGAUGGUGGAGAAGGAGGAGAAGGACGAUGCGGUGAGGAUGAGGACCAACCUAAGCAUCCCCCUGCUGCCCGAGCGCGCUGAGGACAAGAGGCUGGCGGCGCUGCUCAGCUUCCAGACGCCAGAAUCGUACGAUGACAAGCAGCGGAGCAAACGUCAGGAGAUCUCCACACGCUCAUGGUUCAACUCCACUUCAGGGGGCACCACCGCCACCACACCCGGGGGUCUGCUCCAUAAACUGGGACUGCAGGGCAAAGAGGCAGCCGUGGCCAAAGCUCUAGGCCCCUCACAUGCCCCCCUAAUUCGCAGGAAGUCGGACCCCCAGGAGGCGCCGUCGUCUUCAUCAUCACGGGAAGUUGCCGGUACUGAGCAGGACACAAGUGCGACAAGUUUGAGUUCCCUGGUCCCCAACUACAGCGACUCGGACUCUGACCACGGCCACUGACACCAAGUGAACAACGCUGACCUAUUUAAUGAUGCCUUUCUGCCUUGUGGGAAUUCCAGAGUGUCCCAACCUAUUCCGUCCAGCUUUUAGCGACGCCUCAGCGCAAACAGUACGUCCUGAUAACUGUCACUCCCGUUUUUUUUUUUUGUUUUUUUUUUUUUUAAUUUAACUUCCAGGAAACUGAACUGAAGAGCAGGUUGCUCUCUUCAAAACCAACCUACAGGAAAUGACACUGAACAAAUUAACUGAUGAUGUGGUUCUGGUGUAUCUGACGGUUUCCACCAGCCUACCGUGUAAAAUAAAUGUCGGAAAAUUAUUUGACACUUAGCAAUUCUCAAGUGUCUUUUGUCUAAAAUGAAUGAAAUAUUCAUGUUUUUGUUUGGCUCACCAAAUUUGUAGAUAUUUAAUGAAUUUGAUCCAAUAGAAUAUAGUAGUAAACAGCAAUAUUACUUAUACAGUACGCUUUUUUGUUAAUUGGUUGAUCAUAGUUAAAUUCUACGUGGCAAAUAAAUUAGAAUGAAGUAUUUCAAAAUUAACUUUCUUGCAUAGGUUUAGCUCCUUUCCUCCCCCCAAUAUUGCUAAAUUUAAAUAUUUUUUCAAUCAUUUUGCAUUAAAAUUGGUUAGUUUAAAUCUUAUUUUUCAGUCAUUUAAUUUAGUAGUUUGAUUUAUUUGAAGUAAUUUUUAAAUAUAUUUGAUAAAUUGUAUGAGUAAAUUACACAAGAGGUUGUUAAAUGCAUGGAAAGAUCAAUUGAACAAAAGUCCAGCAGAAUAAGUUUUAACCAUUUCUCCUUAAACCCCCCCCCCAAAACAUUUUCUUUAAGUUUGUAUAAUUACAAAUGUAGUAGACACAAAGCGUAAUAAGGAGGCUAAUAUACAUACAGAUACAAAAGUAAAAUCUAAACUAUACACCUCGUAAAACAAAAUUGGAAUUUAAAUGAAAAGGUUUCAACUUCUUAACUAUUUGUAAAGUUGUAUGCAUGGGCAAUUAUAUUCUUUACUUUUGGUACGUUCCAAUCAUGUUAUUUAAAAAGCAAUAUUGUACCUGCAUUGAUGACCGCAUCAUACCGAUCUUGUGCAAACGUCUAAAGUCACAAUUGUGUCGUUCGGGACAUUCUGCGUCUGAGUCACGUUGUGUGUUUGGCCUCCAAUUUGUUUGCAUUUCCAAACAGAAAAUUGUGAAAACCUUUAUGGAAUAAAAUG